GAGACAUCAACGCGCCUUCUGUGGAGCACCAGCUUCUUCCGCCACAAGUUCUUCUCCCUCUUCAUUUUCUCCUGCUAAGUCAAUCGACAGAUCCCCUUCGAUCUAUCCAACUAGGUUGGGAUCCAAGGGAGGGAGAAAUCAGACGCGUAGUAUUUUUUUUUUCUAGUCGUAUUUGUUCAAUUCAGAUCCGAUCUGUUGAUCAUUUAGGAUCUAAGAAGAGAGGAUGGAUUCUAGUCCCCAUCUGAUAUUUGAUUCCUCUUUGUCAUCCACUCGCGCACGGCUACUCAUGUUGGGCGAUGGGAACUCUAUCUUUCGAGGGUUGAGGUCGGCGGAGGAGCAUGGCGCCACCAAGAGGCUAUUCUUCACAUCACCGGAUGAGAUUUACGAGGAGGAAUACUACGAGGAGCAGCUGCCGGAGAAGAAGCGCCGCCUAACGCCAGAUCAGGUAAAUUUAUUGGAACGUAGCUUUGAGGAGGAGAACAUGUUGGAGCCGGAGCGAAAGAGAGAACUGGCUCGAAAUCUAGGCAUGCAACCGAGGCAAGUUGUAGUGUGGUUCCGGAACCAGCGUCCAAGGUGGAAGAACAAGCAACUUGAGCAGGAUUUUGAUCGGCUCAAGUCCUCAUAUGAGUCACUCCUUGCUGAUCAUGUUGCCCUCUUCAAGGACAACGAGGGAUUGCGGUUGGAGAAGUUGUCUUUGGAUCCUCAGCUGAAGUCCAAAGAUGCUGUUGAAGCCACCAAGCAGGUUUCUGUUGCCCAUACUGGAUCGAGUAAUGCUAAAUCGUCAAGCAUGUGGACUCCUUCAGAGGGUUCGUCGGCACCUGUUCUGUCUGAAUUUACCGAUGGUGGAAAUUAUUAUAUGCCCGCUUGUUAUGCAUCCCCAGCCAAUUUCUUUGGAGGUGGUGAAUUGUAA